AUGGGUAUGCAUGGAUCCAAGCCUCACAAACAUGCACAGGUCCUGGUGCUGGGUCUGGAUGGAUCAGGGAAGACCACCCUGCUUUACAAACUGAAGUACAACGAGAGUGUGGUGACCGUGCCAACUGUGGGCUUCAACGUGGAGACACUGGAGACGGACAGAAGCAGCCCGAGCCUGACGGUGUGGGACGUGGGGGGCCAGAGGAAGAUGAGGCCCCAUUGGAAGCAUCACUAUACUGAUACAGCCGGUCUGGUGUUUGUGGUGGACAGCUGGGAUCAAAAGCGGCUGGACGAGGCCCGCAAGGAACUUCAUCGGGUCCUGAGGUACGAGAGUCUCAGAGGAGUUCCUCUCGUGGUCCUUGCCAACAAACAAGACCUUCUGGGAGCUCUGAGCCCAGAAGCGCUUUGUCUGAAACUGGGCUUGAGAAGAGUAUGCGAGGGCAGGGCCUGGUUCAUCCAGCCCUGUUCAGCCACCACUGGCAUGGGACUGGAAGAAGGUUUCAGGAGGAUAGUCUAUUUGAUGAAGACCCCACUAAAACAGACCCAAGAGGACAUUAAGGUUAAGAUGAGGUCUAAGGGCUUCAGUAUCACAGCUGCGAAACAAGUUUUGCUCUGCAGCGGAUGA